AUGACCAAAAUUCGAAUAGCAGUAGCUCAAACGGCGACAGUUGUAGCACCCGAGGGACCUCCAGCGUUGGAAAAGGCUCACUCGACAUCUCCGUUUUCCACAAUCGACCAAAACUUGGUCAACGCUAUAAGCUACGUCGAAAGAGCUGCUAAAGAUCAUGCAGAUGUGGUAAUAUUCCCAGAAUAUUUCUUGCAGGGAUUAGUCAACGAGCAUAGACAAUAUCUUACUUUCCCAUCGAAACAUCUCAUCACAUUCCUUCAAAAACUAGCUAAAGAGCACAAACUAUCUUUAUGUGGAAGUAUCGUCCAUGGUACCAGAGAAGAUGGAUCUGCACCUUUCCCUGAGUCAUCACCAUUCUCACAUAUACCUCUUACCUCGACUCCCGAUAUUAAUACGAAAAGUAAAACUUCUUCUUCUUCGAUUACUGCCGCUCAAUUGGAAUGGGCGGAAUAUCUAGAAAAGCAGCCUUCGACAAUGGAGGAAAAUGCUAAACCAACUUUGUACAAUACCGCAUUUUUCAUUGAUGACAGAGGGGAACUUAUUGGAGAAUACAUAAAGAAGAAUUUAUGGCAUCCUGAGAGGGAUUAUAUUAAAGCGGGUGAAGAAGAUCAUAAAGUAUUUGAAACGAAAUGGGGUAAAAUUGGAAUGAUGAUUUGUUGGGAUAUGUCACACCCUUCUCAUGCUCAAGAAUUAGCGAAUCUAGGUGCAGAUAUCAUUUUAGCUCCUACUUUUUGGUAUGCGACGGAUAGUGAACCUGCUAUUCACAAGUAUGAACAUGAUCCGCAAUACGAACAUCAAAUGCUUCAAUCAAUAUGUUUUAGUCGAUGUCUGGAGACUGAAACUGUGUGGGUGAUGUGUAAUGUUGGUGGUGAUCCGUUAGAAGGAUUCAUGGGUGGAAGUGGUGUUUGGGUCCCAUUGAGAGGUAAGAUCGCAAGUUGUGAUGUGAGUGAGAAAUUGCAAGUGGUAGAAAUCGAUCUGGAUGUGCUGAAAGACGCGAGGAAUACCUAUAAAGUGAGAGAAGAUGCAGCUAAGAGGAUUGCUACGUAG